AUGGCUCUUUGUGCUGGUUGCAAUCGGUGCCUGAUGCAGGACUGCCGUACCUUAUUUUUAAUAUUAUUGUGUCAUGUCUUACAGAUUUUGGGGUACCUUAAUGACAGAUGUGACAACACGGGAACAGUUUUUCUACCAAACUGCAAGCACCACGAUCAUAUCAACAAGGAAGAGGCAGAGAAAUUGCUCGCAGCUCUGACAAGAAACCAGAGGCUGUAUGAAGUUCAACAUCUCUAUGAUGUACAGAAUUAUGAAGAACUGGUAAAAAUUCAUCAGGAAACUUUUCACUACUCGCAACAAAUGCAGCUUCCAUCAGCUUUAAGCUGUAACACCGCUUGUCCUGAUCGGGCUACUCAGCCUGCUAUGUUAAUGGAUGGUCUGUGGCAACUCAGGAGGUACCAGGACUGUUUCUACUGGGGAGAGGAGUGCUGUAAUGAAGCACUACACAAAUACUUAAAUUCUGAAGACAAGGAACAGAGCAAGUGUUGAGAAACUCCUUUCUGGUCUGGAAUCCUGUGUGAAGAAGGCUGGUCCGUCAGUUGGUAAGUGUUGAUU